AUGGCUCGAACUUCUGAUGCCGUGUCGCCUGAAGCGCCUGUGGCGUCAAAACGACGCGCUUCAGCUAGGCUGUCGGCUGCCGAACCGGAGGUCAAACGGGUCAAGUCAAACACCGACUUGAGUCUCCGCCAGGCGAGGUCCACAACCAGCAAGAGCAAGUACUUCGAGGCAGAAGACUCCGAGCCCGAUUCCGAGUCCGAUGAGUCGGCGGGAGGAUCCUCCGAGUCUGCUUAUGAAGAACCCAAGGACGAGUCGUCCUCAGCCGACGAAGCGGAGCCGGAGGAACCUUCCGACAGCGAAGAGGACACCAAGAAGCCCAGCGGGCGGGGCAGGCAACCAGCGGGAACGGGCAACAGAGGCAAGGCCACGAAGAGCAAGGAGCUCUGGCGCGAAGGCGUCAAGGUGGACCUGGAGCCUGGACAGGAAGUCGUCAUCGCGAAGCCCAAGGCCCGGGACGCGGGGGAAACCCCAUACACGGAUGAGACGCUGCACCCCAACACCAGACUUUUCCUCAUCGACUUGGCCGAGAACAACGACCGCCAAUGGUUGAAAGCGCACGAUCCGGAUUACCGCGCGGCAAAGAAGGAUUUUGAGACGUACGUCGAUGCCCUCACACCGAAGAUCAGCGGUGUCGACGCUACUGUCCCUGAACUUCCGGUCAAAGACCUGGUAAGAACCAUCCCUGUCCUUGUCGCCGUGGCACAUGCUCACAUAUGGUCUCGCACUGGUAAGAAGGGACCAUACGCGGCAUACUAUGUCCACUUCCAACCAGGCUCAUGCUUUGUGGGCUGUGGACUCUGGAACCCAGAAGCCGAACCACUGGCGUUGCUCCGAGAGGAGAUCGACGAGAACUCCACGGCCCUGAAAGAGGUCCUCCGGGCGCCGGAGAUGCGCCGGGAGUUUCUGAAAGGAGCUUCGGAUGAUGACGAUGCGGUCGUGGAUGCCUUCACGCAUCACAACCGGGAGUCAGCCCUGAAGACCAAGCCCAAGGUAAGCAGCUCUGCAUUGUCUUGUCCUGCCCAGUAUUCCCCCCCUCCCCGUUUGUUUUGGGUUGUUUGA